CCACGAUAUCCGGGCUGUGGCGGAUAUUACGAAGACCCCGCCCACCGGCAGCCAGACCAAAACCAACCGCCCCUCCUAAUCUCUCUCUCUCUCUCUCUCUCUCUCUCUCCGUCCCCGACCAUCUCCUCACUUUGAUCUCUCUCCUAUUUUCUCCAGAUCCUCUUAUCCAUGGAAGCUGCCGCCGUCCUCCGUUCCUUCCGAGGUGGUGUUCGGACAAAGCAACCUUCAGAGUCUUUCUUGGAAAAGCCUGCUGUGGCUCAUGUGUCUAAUGUGUCUAAUGUUGCACUGAAGACCCCAUUUUCUGGAGGUUUCAUGGUAGCUCAGGGCUGGAAUAGGACAUUCCUUCCAUAUCUAAAAGCCUCGAAGACAAAUUCGGUUUUGACAAGUGAAGUUACUUCAGACAGGAGUUCACAAGAGCCAUUGGAAAAGAUAAGUGUGCAGAAUUCAACUUUUCCUAUUGGGUUUGAGGCAUUGAUCUUGGAAGUCUGUGAUGAAACCAAUAUUGCAGAGUUUAAAAUAAAGAUUGGCGACUUCGAAAUGCAUCUGAAAAGGGACAUAGAAAGCCCUAGAGCUCCUAGUCCUGGUACUCAUAUUGUGUCACCUACAACGGCACCACCAAUUCCAAGUCAGCCAAUGAAUGAGUCAGGAGCUGCUGCCCAGCCAGUUGUAUCACAGAAAUCCCCUACUGCAGCUACCAGUCCAUUUGCAAAUAUUUCUUCUGCAAAGGCAUCAAAGCUAGUAGCUUUAGAGGCUUCUGCAUCAAAUGCAUAUGUUCUAGUAUCAUCACCUACGGUUGGUACAUUCCAAAGGGGAAGAACAUUGAAAGGAAAAAAGCAGCCUCCAAGUUGUAAAGAGGGUGACGUAAUUAAAGAAGGGCAAAUCAUUGGCUUCUUGGAUCAGUUUGGCAAUGAACUUCCUGUUAAAUCAGAUGUGGCUGGGGAGGUCGUAAAGGUCCUCUGCCAGGAUGGAGAAGCAGUUGGCUAUGGAGACCCGCUCGUGGCUGUCUUGCCAUCCUUCCAUGGGAUUGAGUGAGUUGCUUGAUAAGUCACAAACUUAGUUUCUCAGGCGGUUUUGUCAUCCAUUUGGCCUUGGAUUUGCCUAUUUCUGCUUUCUCCUCGCCGACUGUGAUGUAUUCAUUGACUAAUUUUAGGAAGACAACAUGGCAACCUAUUGUUCAUUGUUUGCCAGAGGAACAAAUUUACAGGGUAAUUUAUGUCAGGAAGAACUGCUAUUACUCUCUCUUGCUUGUAAAACAUUGAUGUCAGAACUCAUGGUAUCGAUGAGCUCUCGUUGCUUUAAUCUCCUUAACUCGGGAUAAAUUUCACA